AUGGCCGCCCCCUCUGCAUCCAGCGCCUACUCGAGCGCGCACGGCAACCCUCCACCUCCGCCGCUCAGCAUGGCCGGCGGCCCACCGCAGCAAGGGCCGUCCGUCCUGCAGAUCCUCGCCAUGGGCCAGGAGCGCAACCACGCCGCCGACGCCAUGGCCCACCACCCGCGCAUCGAGUCGCUCGUCAAGCUCGGCAAGGAAGCCGAGGCCACCUGGCUGCAGAUCGGCCAAACAGCCGAGGCCGUUGGCGACUUUGACCGCGCCGUCGCCGCGUACGAGUCGGCGCUGCGGCACAACGCCUACUCGGUCGUCGCGCUCUCGCAGAUUGCCGCCAUCUGUCGGUCCAAGGAGGAGUUCAAGAAGGCGGCAGAGUACUUUGGACGCGUCGUCGGCAUCGCGCCAGAGAGCGGCGACGUGUGGGGUGCUCUCGGGCACUGCUACCUCAUGAUCGACGACCUCAAGAAGGCGUACAGCUCGUACCAGCAGGCCCUGUACUACAUGCCCAACCCGCACGAGCCCAAGUUGUGGUACGGUAUCGGCAUCCUGUACGACCGCUACGGCAGCCUCGAGCACGCCGAGGAGGCCUUCUCGAGCGUCAUCCGCAUGGACCCGAACUUUGAGAAGGCCAACGAGAUCUUCUUCCGCCUCGGCAUCAUCUACAAGCAACAGCGCAAGUCGGCGCAGAGCCUCGAGUGCUUCCGCUACAUCCUCAACAACCCGCCUCGACCGCUCACCGAGAUCGACAUCUGGUUCCAGAUCGGCCACGUCUACGAGCAGCAGAAGGACUUCAUCGCGGCCAAAGAGUCGUACGAGCGCGUCCUCCAGGAGAACCCUGCGCACGCCAAGGUCCUGCAGCAGCUCGGCGGCCUGUACCACCGCUCGCGCGCGCCGUUCUACAACCCCGAGGUGUCGGUCCAGAUCCUGACCAAGUCGCUCGAGUCGGACCCGAACGACCCGUUCUCGUGGUACCUGCUCGGCCGGGCCUACAUGACGACGAGCAACUUUGGCAAGGCGUACGAGGCGUACCAGCAGGCCGUGUACCGCGACGGCAAGAACCCGGCCUUCUGGUGCUCGAUCGGCGUCUUGUACUACAACAUCAACCAGUUCCACGACGCGCUCGACGCCUACUCGCGCGCGAUCCGCAUCCACCCGUACCUCGCCGAGGUGUGGUUCAACCUGGGCGCCCUGUACGAGGCGUGCAACGACCAGAUGACGGACGCCAUCGACGCGUACCAGCGCACGCUCCAGCUCGACCCGAGCAACACGGCCGUCUCGCAGCGCCUACGCGAGAUCCGCGAGCACCAGGCGAGCGGCGCGCCGCUGUCGGCCCCGCCGCCGCCCAAGGACAUCAGCCCGAGCUCGAUGAGCUGGAACUACGCGACCAACAGCGGCGGCGCGCCGACGCAGCUCGCGCACGUCGGCCUCGGCCCCGACAUGAGCCCGCCGAUGCCGCCUCAGCCUGGCUCGUCGUCGGGCCCUCCCCAGUCCCGGGUCCCGACCGCGACGGGCCCUGGCUCGCCGCUCGUCGCCCCGGGCGCCGUGCACCGCUUCGACGCUCGCCCUAGCACCGGCGGCUCGCGCCCGCGCUCGACCGACCCGUACCGGCGCACGUCGGGCGGCCCUCACGACCAGUCGCCGCGCCCGAUCGCUGCGGGCCCACCGGCCGCGCACCACCCGCCGCAGCAGCCGCACUCGUCGCAGCACCGCCUGCCGCAGAUGAAGGCGGUGCGGGGCGUCUCGCCGCCCUCGCCGCGCACUCGCCCCGGCGGCGAGGGGUCGGCGCCCGGACCCGCGCUCGUGCACGCCCAGCACCCGCCGCCGAGCGCCAACUACCCGUUCCCGUCGCACCUCUCGUCGGGCCCGCCAGGCGGCCUUCCUCCUCCUCGUGCCGGCGAGAACGGCUCGCUCCCGCACGACGCCGCCGCCGCCAUGGAGUGGGAGCGCACGGCGCGCGCCGCCGGCGGUCGCGCGACGAACGGCCGGCACCCGGCGCCACCUCCCCCGCACCCGCAUGCGCAGCAGCAGCCGCACUUGCACUCGCAGCAGCACCCGCGCUCGCCGCCGUCGGGCCCGCCGACCGGCCAAGGGCGCGCGCCCUUCUUCGACAACCCGCCGCCCGGCCCGUACGGCGGCUACCCGCCGGCGCAGCACCCGUCGGCGCAGGCCCACGCGCAGGCCCAGGCCAAGGAGAGCGCGAGGCGGCGCAGCUCGGGCGGGUCGUCGACGGCGGCGAGCCACCGCUCGGGCCCGGCCGACGUCAAGCCGGCGGUCGCCGAGCCGACGCCGACGCCGACGCCCGCGCCUGCGCCGACGCCGUCCAAGGCCAAGGGCAGCAGGGCCAAGAAGGACUCGGCGGCGGACGGCGACGCGCCGAAGAAGGGAGGGAGGAAGGGCAAGGCGGGCGAGGACGGCACGGCGUCGCCCAAGAAGCCGCGCAAGACCAAGGCGGCGCAGGAGAAGGACGCUGCGGCCAAGGCGGCGGCGGUGCUCAACGGCGUCGCAGGCGGCGCCAGGAAGCCCUCGGCCUCGUCGCCCGUCCAGGCGCCCGCUCAACCUCCAGCUCCCGCCACGCCCGUCGCCGCCGCCGCGCCCGCAGCGAGCACGCUCCCGCAGCGCGACGUCGAUGAGGAGUACGACGAGGGCGUCGACGCGCUCAUGAGCCUCGGCGUCACGCCUGCGCCCAAGUCGGCGACGCCCGGACCUACCUCGGUCUCGUCCUCCUCGACCUCUGCGCCCUCGCCAAGCGCUCCCGGCCUCGCCUCGACCGCCACGCCGGCGCCCGCCUCUGCUUCGCCGCCGAGCGUCGACGCUGCGCCGGUCAACCCGCGCAAGCGCUCGCUCGCCGUCGCCGCCGACGAGCCCAUGCCCGACGCCGAGUCCGGCACGCCCGACGCUCCCGCACCCGCCGCACCCGCCGACGAGUCGAGCGAGCCCGAGGCCAAGCGCAGCCGCAGCGAGGCGCCGCCUGCGCCCGUCGAGAAGCCGGCGUCGUCGCCUGCGCCCGAGGCCGACAAGCCGGCGAGCGGCGACGAGGUGACGGCCUCGACGCCCAAGGAGCCGACGCCUGCGCCCGCCGCCGAGACCGACGCACCGGCAGGUCCGAAAGCGGUCAAGGCUGCCGGCGUCGAGGCUGCAGCGCCUGUCGAGCCGGUCGUCGGCGCGAAGGAGGAGGGCGAGGUCGUUGCGGUGGUGAGCGCGUGAGGGGUGCGAGGAUCGUCUCUCGUUGAGCGAGGCCGUCGGUCAACUGUGUUGAUACUAUGAAUCGUCGUCGUCGUUUCUCUUUC